ACUCUCUAUGAGGACAUGCUUCGCGAAUAUGCUGAGGCUAGGGCCCAGGAGACAAGCUGGCGACACCGUGAGCGUGCCUAUACUUCUCUUUAUCAAUUCACGAAGCAGCAGUCGCCUCGGGUGCUGGAUGAUAAUCUUACGCCAACCCCUACCCAACCAAUUGAUUCCUUGCUUUCCUCACCACAGUCCUUGUUUUCGCGGUUUAUUCGCUCCGAAACGACAGCAGCCAACGGCCGAGCGAAGUCAACUAUUACUUCAGAGGCCAGUCGACAACUUGUCACCACAACUUCCUGAUAAUGAUGUGAAUUAUUUUCCAACAGUCAGGCCAGAUUUUUAA